CCCCAAUCCGGCCCGGAAACGAUCGACGAGCCGGGAAUUUUGGAACGGAUUUGCAAUGUGCACAUCGAGUUCGCCGUGCGGCCGCCGAUCGUGAAUAACAAGCGCGAGCCGUUGGAGGCGGGGAUCGUGGAUGCGAAUUCCCACAAACGCUUCGCUGUAAUCGGGUCUUCUUUGCUAGAUUUUCACGGAGAUAACUUCGACGACGUGGAUCUGUAUCAGGAUCCCACGCUCGGCAAGAAGAAGAAGAUCGACGGAUCGGAGACGUCUGCGACGCCCGCGUGGUUGAAGCAGGACUACUAUUCCUCCGUGUCGGGGGACUCCGUCGUGGACAAUCUUCAUACCGAAGCGGAGGAGGCGCGGAAACACUUUUUGGAGGAAGGAGCGAACAACAGCAUCUCGCACCGGUGCUUGCCGAUCCCGAUCGAAGCGCACCCGGCGACGGCGUUCGACAUUGGGAGUGACAAAAUCCCGUUCUUGACCUAUCCUUCGUAAAACCGUCCCCACCCCAGAGUCAAGAUGGGGAUUUUGCAACACAAAUCUAGGAGUUUUGGGAAUCACGCAUGACACGUUGCAGUCCGUAAGGUAGUGCAAGUUAGCAAGGACAGCCGCAUUACAAAUCCAUCUGCUUAUCCUGUUUAGAGCAUUUUUACAAGUUCUUCCCAAACAUGAUUGAAAAUGCCUGUCCUGGGGAUGCGCAUCACAAAUGUUCCUGUCAUUGCAAAUCUGCAUGACAAGAAGUCUGGGGUGGGGACGUUUUUACACAGGAUAUGACCUUUUCCGUGUACAGCGAGAAAGCGGUUUAUGAUGUAGACCCCUUCGUCCGGGCGCAAACGUUAUCAAAUGCAAAUAUGUUAUUCGGGUCUGGAAGAGUGUAACUUGUCAUGCUACAUCUGGAUCGUGGAACAAUUUGUGUUGCAUGAUUACCAAAAGAGGUCCACUUUUGAACAAGUUUAGAGGCAGUUUCUCACGCAGGACCGGCAUGAUAGAGAUUUCACACACCCUGUCAUGCUAGGCCGUGCAUGGCAGACCGCGUGGGUCAUGGAAAACCUGCAUGACAAACCUACCAAUCUUUCAGACCCAGACAUAUUUGCAAUGCAUAAACGUAUCUCAGCGGGCCGUACGCGGAGGUGGGAAACGACGUAAACAGCGGGAAGUACGACGCAACAGUGCCGAAUUACGCCGACAAAGCGAAGCAGGAAGAAUUGGAGCAGUCUUUGCGGGGGUCGCCCACCGCGAAGGCGAAGCUGGCCGCUAUGAAAGAAGCGAAUAAUGCCACGGUGCUGCAGACGGUGAAGGUGAACCCCAAUGUUCCAGAGCUACCGGACGAGUCGAUUUUGCCAAUAGACGCUGACAAGUUGGUGAAAAAUCUGAAAUUUCAGAACUGGACCAUGAUGCUGGACGAUUUCGAACUCGCAUUGACCCCAAUUAUCGACCUGGGAGUGCUGCAGAGUCCGCAGUUGAGCUGCUUAGCGGUACUAUUUGUGGAUAAUUUUUUUUCGGCGAUUGAUGUAAUUGUAGUUCCGCAUGACAGGAGGUUUAUUGCGUAAAUGCAUGUUUAUGCAUGACAAAUUGAAAUUCUCCAACGCAAAAUAAAGGUUUCCACCGACGAGGAGGGGAACAUCACCGGCACGGACGGGUCUACAUCCAUUGUGAAAGCGGAUUUGCGACAAACGCCAGAGGAGCUGCUGGGCAAACCGUUUCAGAACUACUUGUUUCUGAAAGCAAAAACCGAGCAGCCGGCGGUGUUGGGGGUGACCAGAAUGAUGAGGCUGAUGCGCCUGAUGUCGGAGGUACUUGAUGUUUACUUACUAGAGCUUAUUUCUCUUCUUGGAACGGCGGAUCAGGCUUGGCUUAGUCGUGCUUGACUCGUCCGAAGAUAAAUUCUCUUUGUCCAGAACAUGCGGCAGUUUUUAAUAACGUACUCGUGAAUGCCCAUGCAUAUGCAUAUGUAACACCACUGCGGUGCAUACUUAAAACUAAAUUGCACCCCAGGUCCUUCUUCCGUACACCGCCCCGCCGCCCGGCGAAGAAGAUAAGUCCCCGGCGUCAGUUAUCAAGUGCAAAAGUGUCUGGGCGGUCUGGGAACUUGUGAUGCUAAGAUGUGGAUGAUAGAAACAGUUCCGAUUGCAACCCAGCAUGACAACUUUCCAGGGCGCCUUCUCCUACUCAAUCCGCAUGAGAAGCUGCGUUUUUGCAUGUACAAAAGAGGCCGCGAUUUUUGUUGGCUAGGCAAUACAGAUUUCCUACGUAUGCUGGAAAGUUAGCAUUUCAGCUUCCAACCUUCCAGACCAGACAUAUUUGCAAUGCAUAGCAGUCCGAUCUUCCCCCUGGAUCCCCCGGAUCGCGAACGAGAACAGCCAGUUCGACGCGAAUUGUGUGAAUACGGAGAAUAUCAAUUGCAAAUAUGUCUGGGUCUGGAAACUUGUGAUGCAAACCUACGAAGUGUGGGCGCACUACAAUAUGCAGCCCAGCAUGACAAGUUUUUGCGCUGCUGUGUGUUUCGUUUUUCGCAUGACAAACUGCGUUUUUGCAUGACAUGCAAGAGGCCGUUUUCCUGCUUAUGCGUCACAGAUUUAAGACCCAUGCCAGACGAGCAUUACAAACUUGCAUUCUUCCAGACCCAGACAUAUUUUCAUCUGAUAGAGAAAUUGUCUGAGUUCAUCGAAACCUUGAAGCUUGCCCUGUCCGUAUCAAAAUGAAAAAUGCCCCCACCCCCGAACUUGAAAGCAUUUGUAUUGCAAACCUUUCCAAAUGAAACAUUCGCCCUCUUGCACCUGUCAGCAUCACAGGUUUCCAAUCGUGAAUAGCGAAAAUCUGUAUUGCAAAAGACCCCAGCAAGAGCGGCGCUUGUCAUGCAAGCGAUGCGAUACACGCGCAGGCUCUGCAUCAGAAAGAUUCAUACUCCUUUCAUGCAUGGCAAAAAGUUUUCAUUUGGAAACUUCGCAUCACAAAUUUUUGCAAUUUGAGGGGUGGGGGGCACUUUUCACUGCAAUAGUCCGGGCUUUCCGGCCAGGUCUUUCUCGCGGAGAACGCGGAUCUGCUCGAGGACAUGCUGCUCAAAUUGAACAAAAACUGCCUCCAGCCGCUGCUGAAAACGAUUGAGGCGAGAAAGUUUCGAAACACGACGAAGGAGUGGAUUCUGUCCGACUUGGAACUCGGGCAGAUCUCUUCCUGGAGCAGUAUUUUGAAAAAAGUGUUGCCGGUUUUGUUAAAAACCAUGCACAGUAUUGGGAAGUUCGACGCCUUGCUGUUGACCAACCUCUCCUGGUCGCUCGCGCAGCUGAACGCCGAGGAUUCCGACUACCGCCUCGCGGCGCAGGCGCUGAAAAAUGGGAUUGCUAGACUCGAAGAA